AUGGUUUGUUUCUACAAUCCGCCGAGGGAUCCGCACCUAUCUCGUUCCGCCCCUAUCUCGUUCCGCGCCAUGGAGCCAAAGUUCGAGUACCUCGUCGUGGGCGCCGGGCCUGCGGGUCUCGCCGCGGCCAACGCCUUGGCGGCUGCCGGCGCGGCCUCGGUGGCGGUCUUCGACGCCCGGAAGCGGCCGGAGGAGGUCUUUGGGUCCUACCCGGUGGUGCUGAACGCGCGGGGCCUCGCGGCUCUGGAGGCCGUCGGCGUGGACGCCAAGGAGGUGGGCAUGGAGGUGAAGGAGCUGCACAUCGUCCCGGAGAACCGCACGGUGGCGCAGGUGCGGGCCUAUGGCACCUGCAUCAUGCGGGAUCAAACCGCCAAGUUGCUGCUGGAUAAGGCGGAGGCCAACGAGAAGAUCAGCUGCUUUUGGGAGCACAAGCUCAUGGACCUGGACCUGACCACCAAGACCUGCACCUUUGAGCUGGCCGAUGGCUCCCAGAAGGCGGUGGUCGCAGAGCGCCUCGUGGCCGCAGAUGGCAACCGCUCCAAGGCGCGGCGCUUCUGCGAGGAGAAGAUCGAGGGCUUCACGGCGGAGCUCAUCCCGUGGGGGUUUCAGCUGCGGUUCAUGAACUCCCAAGGCGUCCCUGGGCAGACAGCGGUGGACCCUGCGAACCACUUCGUUUUGGGCGACAAGGGCUAUGUAUGUCAGCAGCCUGAUGGUGUGUGGAGCAUUUCCUUGCGCGUGCUGGAAUCAGACCCUGCAUUCCUCACCAGCAAUGAAGCAACGGAAGAAAACAUUCAGCAGCUGAAGGAGUACGUGCAAACACAUGCCAAGGUUGUGGCAGACAAUCUUUUGGAUGAUGAUGCAUACAAGAAGUUCUACGAGUGUCGUGCCUUUGAUGGUGUGGUCGUGAAGUGCUCUUCCUUGAACCCAGCCGACUGGAUUUGCAUCAUAGGGGACGCAGCCCAUGCAGUGCAGCCAGCAACGGGAGAAGGCAUCAACUCCGGGCUGGAGGACGCAGCAGUCCUGGGAGCGAUGCUCAAAGAGACGCCGGAGGAUCCCUUCGGCGCCUUCGACGCGCGGCAGCGGCCCAACGCCCACGCCCUGCAGCAGUUGGCCCUGAAGGCGGCGGAGCGCGUGAACAAACCCCCGCCGCGCCAGCAGGCGGUGAAUGUCAUGGUGACCAUCGGGCUCCAGGUGGCGAAGAAGCUGCACAUCAUCGAGGGCACAAAUCAGGACUUCUCCAUCGGCGAGAAGGCGAAGACCAGCAGCAAGUCCUAUUCUGAGCUCAUUGACAUGGAAGCUCGGCAGACCAAGGGCCUCCGGCCAGUCGCGAACUUCCUGGCCACGCUCUUCCGCGUGCCCAAGGAGUACCCGAAGGAGGAGGACAAAGUGACCCGCAGGUGCGCAUGA